UUCUAGGAUGAACAAGGAUGAAUCUGUCAUUCAAAUACUUGUCAAAUUUCAUACAAAAUCUACUUUUUCUCAGCGAUAAGUUCAUCCCUCAUUCAUGCUAGGUGAACCACUUCCCCUAGCCUAUUCGUUCGACUGGUCGCGUAAAAUUUGGAGGAAAGUUCGAUCCUCCCCUUUCGCGUUCGAAUUGUUUUUCGGUGAUUUUCGCUGCAAAAAUGGACUAGAUUUGUGCAAAAAAGUGCUGCAACCCGUUCUGCUAAAGUUGGCCGGUAAGGAUAAGAGUGUAAUUCAAACGAGGAAAGUGAAGCGCCAUAAAAGCAGUCCAAGAUGAUCGGUGGACUGUUUGUGUACAACCACAAGGGCGAAGUGCUGAUCUCCCGCGUGUACCGGGAUGACAUUGGACGGAAUGCGGUGGACGCCUUCCGAGUGAAUGUAAUCCACGCGCGGCAGCAGGUUCGCUCGCCUGUGACCAACAUCGCUAGAACUAGUUUCUUCCAUAUAAAGCGAGCGAACAUUUGGCUAGCCGCAGUCACCAAGCAAAAUGUGAACGCCGCAAUGGUGUUCGAGUUUCUGCUGAAAAUCAUCGACGUGAUGCAGUCAUACUUUGGUAAAAUCUCCGAGGAGAACAUCAAGAACAACUUUGUAUUGAUCUACGAACUAUUGGACGAAAUCCUGGAUUUUGGUUAUCCACAAAACUCGGAUACCGGUGUGCUCAAGACGUUCAUUACCCAGCAAGGUAUCAAGACGGCCACCAAAGAGGAACAGGCGCAGAUCACGUCGCAGGUGACGGGCCAGAUCGGAUGGCGUCGGGAGGGUAUCAAAUACCGCCGAAAUGAGCUGUUCCUGGACGUGCUCGAGUACGUCAAUCUGCUGAUGAGUCCCCAGGGUCAGGUUCUAUCGGCGCACGUCGCCGGCAAGGUCGUGAUGAAAUCGUACCUCUCCGGUAUGCCCGAAUGCAAAUUUGGUAUCAACGAUAAGAUCGUCAUGGAGGCGAAGGGACGCAGCGGCAUCUCCGGAAAUGCGGACAACGAAGCAUCCCGAUCGGGAAAGCCAGUAGUCGUAAUCGAUGAUUGCCAAUUCCACCAGUGCGUCAAGUUGAGUAAAUUCGAAACGGAACACUCGAUCAGUUUCAUCCCACCGGACGGCGAGUUUGAGCUGAUGCGCUACCGUACGACCAAGGACAUUUCGUUGCCAUUCCGAGUGAUUCCGCUGGUGCGGGAAGUGGGCCGCACGAAAAUGGAAGUCAAGGUCGUGCUCAAGUCCAACUUCAAACCGUCGCUGCUCGGCCAGAAGAUUGAGGUGAAGAUUCCCACGCCGCUCAACACGUCCGGGGUACAGCUGAUCUGCCUGAAGGGCAAGGCCAAAUAUAAGGCGUCCGAGAAUGCCAUCGUGUGGAAAAUCAAACGCAUGGCCGGUAUGAAGGAAACGCAACUGUCGGCUGAGAUCGAACUGCUCGAAACCGACACGAAGAAGAAGUGGACCCGGCCACCGAUCUCGAUGAACUUUGAGGUUCCGUUCGCCCCAUCCGGAUUCAAGGUCCGCUAUCUGAAGGUGUUCGAACCCAAGCUGAACUACUCGGACCACGAUGUGAUCAAAUGGGUGCGCUACAUCGGUCGCAGCGGGCUGUACGAGACGCGGUGUUAAUGCUCCACACGGUGUUCGCAUUAGUAACUCUUUUGACUCUCGAUAUUCGUGGUGUGGCACACAGCACCCAUUACUACGUUAAGUAUGCUGCGGUCGAAGCGUGUGCGAUGAGUGAGUAUGUGAGUGGCAGCAAUCUCGGAAUCUGAAGACUACUGGUUACUCAAGCAAUUGCAAGUUUUUCCAAAGUUUAUGCAAACGUUUUACCAGCACUAGCUUUUUGGCUUUACUUGAGUGCUGUAAAUGUGCAGACUUGCUGCUAAACUCACUACACUCUGAUAUGAAACAACUACACACACAUGUAGAUUAUACAAAGAUUUUUUCAUUAACGUGGAGACAGUAAUCGUGGAACUACUAUAUUGAAAAACUAUUAUUGGACACAAUCAAGAGUUAUCAAAGUAUCUUUAGGCUAACAGCAAGCAGCAACAACUCCUUAUUCUCGUUAUUAUGAUUAAACUACACACUAUAUUAUAUGAACAAGUAUAAAGAAAUGGUAACAAUAAUACAAUAUGCAUAGUUCAUCAUAAAUAAAAUUCGAUUGAAUUAGCAGAUUGGAGGUAGGCUAUUGUAGUAAAAUGCGAUGAUGUUGAACAAAAACCCAAUAAAUAUUUCCACCUAUGGUAUCACUUUGCUAAGUGAUGUGUUGCUUUAAUUUUUCACACAAUCGUGAAUCUCAACAUAAGCUUCCGCGCUUUUAUUUCGUCCUCGAUGUAAAUACUUUUUCUUUGCUCGUUUCGAAGCUUUCCAUAUGAUUCGCUCCUUUAAUGUCAAAUCAUUCCAUUAGUUUGAUUCUCUCUUUUUGAUUUCUCCGAGAAAAGCAUUGUCGUUCUAGCAACCAAUAGAAGAAACUAGUUAUAUGAUAAGAUUCGAAUCGAACUAAGGUGUAUGUGUACAAAAAGUGCAAAAUUCAAGGAUCACACACGUUGUAGUACACGUGCUAAACGAGAGAAUAAGCAGAAGAAGCAUCAUCAUCAUGAUCACGAAUAAACUGACACAAAAUAAAAUAUUACGAUAAUAUAUUUCGCUGUAACCACUGGCCAUACAAUGAAUAUACAUGCAAAAUGUUGAAUACGAUACAUCAACCCUGCCGUAAAGAGUGUACCGCCGAAGCAAUUAUCUGACGGGAAGAGCUUUUUUACAUAACUAAAAAAAAGUGAAUUUUGUUUAUAUAAAAGAGAAGCUUUCCAUAACAGUAAUAGUGGCUAUUUAUUCACUGGAUCCUCAUUUCUAUCCAUUAUUAUUGUUAGUUUCAAUAUCACAAAAACCUAUUACAAUCGACAUAGGACAAGGGCGCAAUCACCUUACAGGAUGUAAAUUUAGGAAGAUUAUUUACUUCUCAUAGUCCUAUUGGCAUAAUUAUUGACCAUUCAACUUGCUCUUCGGCAGAAAAACUUUGUUUAAAAACUAACAAGGAUAGGAAACCUUAAUUGGAAACCGACCUGGUAAAAUGCCAAUCCUACAUUUAGAGACCAAUACAAAAUUAUAUCUAAAUUACAAAUAUAAAGCAUCGAUCGGCUACAAUGCGAUACGCCUAACAUUAAAAAAAAAGAUGGAGGCGCAAAAUUGAGGACAUAGUUAUGCAAUACAGAGAAUGGCACACCGCUAUCCAUAAAAUAUGCUAAUUUCCGAGAACGAAAAAAUAUCGCUGGAUGCUACCUUCUUGAAUACAAUAGACAAAUAGACAUGAGAAGAAAAAUGACAUAGUAAUAUAAAUUGGAAUAAACUCAUGAACAUAGUUGUUGAAACGAAA